AUGGAACCCUCUCAUGGGAUAAGUCAGUUGACUGGGAAAAAUAAAGUGGCGGAAAGCGGCGCGUCUGAUUGGCAAGAAGAGUAUCCAUCCUGGGUGGCUUCAAGCUCACAUCGUCCCUCCGAACCGGCGAUUCCCCCGUACUCGACUCAUCAGGGUCAGCCCUAUCAGACGGAAGAAUCGGGCUGGGGCUCGUAUGACCUAGAUACACCAGAGCAAAGGCGUGCUCGACAGCGUCCGGACGAGGAUUACUCGGACACCGAAAGCUCUCCUCGUCGAAGCUACGAGUCGGUCUACCCGGGAGAGGGAGUAGUCGGAGAGAGAGAUUUGACAAGCCUACAUUACUGGACCUCACCCUGUGAUCAUUGUGGGGCAGCCCUUGGUGCCUCAAACCGAGGGCCAUCUUCACUUCCAAAGCAACUCCUCUGCGAACACGUUUUUCAUGAAGAUUGUGUUGCCAAAAAUCCUAUGACCGACGAGGAGAUUUGUCCCAAGUGCUGCACUUCAUCCCACUCUUUCGAUCAAUCCUUAGCUCCUAAACACCCGAAAGAACUCUCCGACAUUCUUGAAGAAUUCCAGCCGAUCCUGGAAGUGGCCAAGCACUCAUAA